GAGCACUUUGUGAUGCUGGUGGAGUGCCACCUGCUGCACGUCGUGGCGCUGAUCAUGAUCCUUGGAGCGGUGAACGUGACCUUUGGUCAUCCGCUGCGCCUGCGCGGAAGCAUGCAGAUCUUCGUGAAGAUGCUGACGGCGCUGCUCAUGCCGUGGGUGCAGCUCUUGAGGAUAGUCACGCACGUCGUGUUGCUCGUCAGGAUCGGUUCGUCACUGGACGUGCUGUUCUUGCGGAGCCGCCUGAGUGCCGUGCCAGUAUUAGAAUGCGCCGCUCUAGCACUAGUGACAGUGAAGCUGGUCCUGCUGAGCUUCCCGAUGAAGAUGGCCAAGGCUCGCGGGCCCAAGCGUGAGCCCCUGCUGCUCGCCACGCGUCUCGUGAAGAACGUCUUGCUCGGUUCGGCAUGGGAGUGCCUCCUGCCAGGAGCAAG